AUGGGCACGGACACGGGCACGGACACGCAGAUCAUAUCAUAUCAUAUCAUCUCCAUAUCACUCUCAUCUGACCCUCAUAUACGGGCCUGCGGUAUUUAUUUCUCUCCCGUCGAUCUUCUCUCGCAUCGUCAUUGCGUUUCUUUGGCUGUGCACUCCGUCGUAUAUCUAUAUCUCUUCUAG